UCCCGAAGCUUGUUGCUUGCUGGUUGGUUAUUGCAGGUUAUGGGUUGCGAGAUUGCAUCAGUCAGAAGCACAGGGGUGCGAUGACUGUUUACUCGCACCGUAGCACGUGUGAUUCCUACAUGCCUGCGAUUGACGGCGAGUGUUUCUGACACGGUAACAAAGAAAGAAUACCUAACGAAUGAGGCCCAACGUGUGCUCGCUCGUAAAGCGUAAUUAUCGCACGUUGCCACUCUUCCCCAUCGGUCGCGGCCUGCGGCAGGAGCUGCUGCCGGUCCUCUACAAGCAAUUCUCGCCGAUUCGCCACAACCACAUGCCGCGCUCCGUCGAGCAGAUGCUCGGCGUACAGAGGCUGAGGCAGAAGUUGAAAGAUAAAUCGAUCAAGUAUAUCGGCAACACGAAGGUGUCCUUGCAGAUUUUGGGCAGCGGGGCCUACGGCACGUCGAGAUGCGUCUACCUGACCGCGGGUCACACCAGGUACAUCUUCAACUGCGGCGAGGGGACGCAGAGGUUGGCGUUCGAGCACAAGUACAAGCUGAUCAAGUUGGAGCACGUGUUCGUAACGUCGGCAACCUGGAAUAACCUGGGUGGCAUGCCGGGGAUGCUCCUGACGAUACAGGACGCCGGGGUGCCGACGAUCAACGUGCACGGCCCCAAGGGGAUGGUGGAUGUGUUCAAUACCAUCAAGAAGAUCUCGUUGCUGCAGGCUCUGAAGAUCCACGAGGCCAAGUGCGACGAGUCGGAGCCGUACGUGGACCCAGUGAUGUCCGUUUCGUAUGUUUCCAUUACGAAGCCAGGUGAGCAGGAUGCAAUGCCUAUCGAUAUAGGAGGAGAGGUGGUCGACAACAUCAAUUACUACGACUAUAAGACUAAUUCAAACGGCAAGCGAGUACCUGAUAGAGUAGCGGAAACGGAGCCGAAGAUACUGAAGGUCGAGCAGAGGCCUGAUAAGAGAAUGUCGACCGUAAUGUCCUUCAUCUGCAAGUUGCAUCCUCGAGCGGGCACGUUGUGCUUAGAGAAAUGUGUAGAGAAAGGGAUGAAACCUGGUCCUUUGUUCGGCCUGCUCAAAGCCGGCAAGGACGUUACUCUUCCUGACGGCACGGUCGUUUUGAGCAAGGAUGUUUGCUCGCCGGCGACGCCAGGCCCUACUCUUAUAAUUGUAGAAUGUCCAUCGGAAGAUUACUUGGAGUCCUUUGUAAAUCAUCCUGCCUUCGCGCGGCAUCAAACGGGAACGGCAACCAAAGACGAUGUACCGUACUGCGUCAUUCACUUCACGCCGCAAAAUGUGAUGGACAAUUCUCGCUACGUGAACUGGAUGGGCAAAUUCGGUCUCGGUACGCGUCACAUAGUCGUGAACGAGGAGAACGAGUGCAUGGGCACUGAGGCGGUGCACAGGCAUCAGCAUAAACUCCACAUGCUGCAUCCCGAGAUAUUCCCCUUCUUAAACGAGGAGAGCUUUCAAAAGAGGACGAGGGCGGAAGAUCUGCCCAUUAUACAUCGUCCCAGAACGCAUCACACCAUCCACCUACAGCCGCAGUUGACGUUUGACACGGAGAACGAGGUAUCACUGCACCCGAAGGAAUACGUAGACGAGGUUUUCGAGUUUGAUGGCAUUUUAGACGCGUUGGCGGAGUUGCAAGCGGACAUCAGCGCCCGCACGAAGACGCUGCCUGUCGGCGAAGAGUAUCCGAAGAUCGUCAUGCUGGGCACCGGUUCCAGCAUACCGAGUAAAGUCAGAAAUACAAGCGGCAUACUUCUGUGGGUGGACGAGGACCACACCAUGUUGCUAGAUUGCGGGGAGGGCACGUUCGGGCAGAUAGCGAGGAUCUACGGGAGAUCUGAGACGCCCAACGUCUUGAAAACGAUCAAGGCGGUAUAUGUAUCGCACAUGCACGCGGAUCAUCACAUCGGAUUGAUUGGCGUGCUGAAAGAGAGAGGGAAAGUCACGCAAGACCCGUUGUAUCUGUUCGCGCCAGGGCACAUUGCCGCGUGGUUGCAGAUGUAUCACAAACGUUUCGAGCCUGUCUUACAACGACUCACGCUGGUCUCGAACAGCGAGUUCUUCAUGGACAUGCACAAUCCAUCAUCGCACAAAUACAGAGAUAUGUACAACACGCUGAACGUGCAAGCCGUGAGGACGGUGUACGUCAAGCAUUGUCCUUAUGCUUACGGCGUUUCCGUGACCCUUCAUAACGGAAAGAAAAUAGUAUAUAGUGGUGACACUAUGCCGUGUGAGAAUCUCGUGAAACUUGGUCAAAAUUGCGACCUGCUCAUCCACGAGGCGACGAUGGAGGACAAUCUGAUAGAGGAAGCGAAACUGAAGUUUCACUCGACGGUCUCGCAGGCUAUACAAGCGGGCGAGCAGAUGGGGUCGAAGUUCACGCUGUUGACGCACUUCAGUCAACGCUACGCGGUCAUACCUCACCUGCCGGAUAACACGAACGGCCUUAAACUAGAUAACGUCGGCAUCGCGUACGACAAUAUGCACAUCAGCCUGUCGCAGUUGCCGCUGUUGCCUUUGAUGUACCCGACGUUGAAAAUAAUGUUCAACAAGCAUUACCUAGAGAUUGAGGACCGAGCUGCUAGAAGACAACGACUGGCUGAAGCAGCUGAGUAAAUAUUUUAUACGAUAGUAUAAAUUUGUUAUUACAAUUUCUACUUUGCUAAUAUCCGACACAGUCCUCUCUGUUGUUGGCGUGAAAAGUCAGCAUUUUUAACAGAUAUUUUAUGAUAUGUUGCAUAGCAAUGAAUUUAACUAACCGUUAAGAGUUUAAUUUUUAACGUGUAGAUAAAUUGUUCAAGCUGAUCUGUAAACAAAGAUGACUUCUCUUACGAUGUUUGUAUAAAUCAGUCAGUAUAAAACGUCGGAGAAUCAAGAAUUCACACUAAAACCGAGUACAAUAGACAUGAAUCAUUUUUUAUAUAUUGUUCUGUAUAUAAGCCUGUAUAUAUGUACAAUCAGUUUGCGAAAGGAACUGCGUUUGUGGCUGGAGAAAAAUAACUCGGCGACAAAGUCGUGACCAAUAAAAAAAUUGUCUUAUUA